CCUGGUCAGUGGCAGCAGCUCAUCCCACUCCAUUUAUUUAGAAAGAAAUCUGAAACACUGAGUAGUUCAUUUUCAUUUACACAACAGUUUCAUCGAGAAUUAAUACGAAGCUACUGUCGAAAAGAGGAAACCAGAAGACUUCAGACAUUUUUGAGUAAUACCACCAGCUGGGAGGACUGUGCAGAAGUUGCAAAUAUCUGCUUAAUCUGAAGAAAUAUCACAGAUUUGAUCUCCAAGCUCAGCUGACACCGAAAAGUACCAUAUCAGCCACUUUAUGCCUUCUCCUGGGAUCAACAUCAGACUGACAGAAAAAUAUGAGGAGACAACAGCAGGCAGCAGAUGAAGAAGCUCCCCCUGAUUCGUAUUACCACAGCCAAUAUGGGGAAUCAGAACUGAGACUCGUCCUUGUAGGUAAAACAGGAGCUGGGAAAAGUGCAACAGGAAACACCAUCCUUGGUGAGGGAGUGUUUGCAUCCAUACUGGGAGCACAGACAGUAACUAAGAUUUGUAAAGUUGGCAGUAGGAUCUGGAAUGGGAAGACGAUUCGAGUGGUUGAUACUUCUGCAAUUUUUAGUCCAAAGAUCUGCAGUACAGACACUUACCAAGAGAUUGGUCGCUGUAUCGCACUCUCUGUCCCAGGCCCCCACGUUCUGGUGCUGGUGACCCAGCUGGGCCGUUACACUGAGGAAGACAAGGAAGCAGUGAGGACAGUACAGGAGAUUUUUGGAAUUGAGGCCAUGAGGUACAUGAUCGUCUUGUUCACCCGAAAAGAAGAUUUAGGGGGUGGUUCACUGAGUGACUAUGUGAAAUACUCAGAUAACAGAGAUCUCCAGACGCUGAUUCAAAAGUGUGGCAACCGAUACUGUGCUUUCAAUAACAAAGCAACUGGAGCAGAACAGGAAGAGCAGGUUAAUAAGCUGAUAGAAAUAGCUGAGAGAAUGGGGUGGGAGAACGGAAACUCAUAUUAUACCAAUGAAUUAUAUUUCAUGGCAAAGGUGAUGCUCACUGAUGGAAACUUUGAAGAAAAAUGCAGAAACUUUGGAGAAAAAGUGAAACAGCACAUAACAAACCAAAGAGACAUAGCAGAAGCUGAGCAGCGUUGGGGAUUAAACAGAAUUAGGAAAGCAUGUUGUUCUAUAAUUACAGUUUAUCUAUGGAGACCUGUGAUAUUUGUGAUAUAUGCUAUAUGUAGGAUAGGAUGUGCCAUAUGUAGGAUAGGAUGUGCUAUAUGCAGGAGAGGAUGGAGGUGCAUUCUUUCAUUGUAUAAUUACUGGUUUGGUUAAUGACAGUAACUCAAUUUCCUAUUUGUUUUCCUCUUGGAGUUGAAUUGUAGUUUAUUAAUAAUCAUGGACAGAAUUUCUCUUCAUUCUAAUCCUACAGCUGCUUAUGUUCUAUAGCUCAGCUUCUUACCACUAGUACAGCAAAAGACAAACAUGCAAAUUAUGAUUAGAUGAAGUCAUUUAGAUUUGUUUUACAUUAACUUCACACAAGAGAGUCCAAUAAGGAUUUAUAUGGAUGUGUCAAAUCUGUACUUUUUUUUUAUGGAAAACCAAACGGUGGCAAUAUA